GUGUUGAAUCCGUUGUGCUGUCUUAGAGGUGUCCUCCUUAACCAAGUUCACACUGACAAGACUGAGUCAGCAAGGAGCAACUCUGCCAUGGAGGCGAUGCAUUUGCUGAAUAACUGGAGAAAGGACCUUCAUGUGUCACAGGGAGCCGUGGACAGCUCAGUGGACAUGAACCGUCUGAACAGGAACAUACCUGAGUGUGGACAGCCAACACACCAGGUGCUACAGAGCACCCCACUGGAUUUAAUUGAGACUGGAAAAUGUCUGAAGUUCCAGGCAGAGCGCCCCCACCUGGUCAGCCUGGGCAGUGGACGCCUGAGCACUGCUAUCACUGUGCUGCCCCUGCCUGAAGGCCGGACCACUGUGGGUCAUGGUCCCAUGGACAUCAGCAUCCAGGGCCCCGGGGUGGCUGCCCAGCACUGCUACAUAGAGAACAGGUCAGGGGUCAUCAUGCUGCAUCCCUGUGGGAACCUCUGUGCUGUUGAUGGACUCCAGGUCACCAAGUCCGUCCGUCUUUCCCAAGGCUGUAUGCUGUGUUUUGGCCAGUCAGCCUUCUUCCGCUUCAACCACCCUGAAGAAGCCCUCAAGAUGAAGAGCAUGAUGCCCCAUGGAGGAAGCAUCUCCAGUGGGGACUACAGACUAUGUGCAGACACAGAGAGCUUGGUCAAUGGGAAUCACCAGGCAAGCUCAGCCCAGUCUUCCCCAGCUCCUGGAGAGAGAGUCCAGUCUGAGCACAGUGCAAUUGUCAGCUCUAUUGAGAAGGAUCUGCAGGACAUCAUGGACUCCCUAGUCAUGGAUGACCCCCAGCCUUCUUCCUCUGAGGCAAAAAAGCCUCCCGGAGGCCAGCCUGUUGCCCACUCCCCACUGUCGCCUGUUGUCAAUGGAGGAGGCCGGUAUCUGCUGUCCCCUCCUACCAGCCCAGGGGCCAUGUCUGUGGGUUCCAGCUAUGAGAACAUGUCCCCUCCGUUUUCCCCCCUCUCCUCACCCUCAGCGGCCAGCAGUGGGAGCUUUACCAGCCCAUCUCCUAGUGGAGGACCCCAGGACCAGAGUGCUUCUCUGCCACCAGUGCCUGUACGCUCCUCUAGCUACAACUUCACCUCACAGCCUCCCCCUGUACCACAGCCACGGACUAUACUGCCUAACUUCAGCAGUGGUGGUGCAGCCCAGAAGGUUCCGGAAAGCCCCAGGCUACAGAGGAAGGCCUUAGAGACUCCUCCAAGCCCCAAGCCAAGCCGCAGAGGACUAAACCAAGAUGGGUCUGAGAGCCCUCGACAGACACCUCUUCUGUCCUCUAAUGAAUCUCUUUGUAGUAGGAACAUUGUGCCAAGUAGCCCCAGACUCACUUCCAAAUUCCCUACCUGUCCAUCCCCAUCGCCCUCCAGUCCCAGGACCAAGACAGCCACAGUACUCCAGGAAAGGCCUGCCAGCCCUUUCAGAGAGCAAACUAAUCUAGCUGAUUGCUCCCUCACCUCCAGCCCCACCAGGCAGCUUUCCCAAUCUACCAGAGCUUUCCAACCUCCCUUGGAUCCCAUUGUCCACAUCAUCCAAGGAUCGCCACUUCAGCAGCAUCCACGUUUGCUGCAGCCCCCUGAAAGCCCUCGCUUGGCCAGGAGGAACCUGGAGCUGAAUGGGGGCAGUGGAGCGAGCAGCAGUAUGAGAGAACUGCCCCCUCUUAGCCCCUCCAUGGCUCGGAGAGGGGUCCCAGUGCUCCCAGGGGCACUACCAGGGACAGUCCCUAUCUUGAGGACUCCAGAUAGCCCCUCAAGUCUAAGCAAGCUUGUUCCAGAGAGUCCCAGGCUCCGACGUAAGAGUGGGUCCACAUCAGAGGAGCUAAUGUGCAACAGGGGGAUCAGAGCCCGCAGUCCAUCACCUACCUCUAUGAUGAUGGACAGCAGUAAUGGUGGUGCAGGGGUACGGAAGGCAAGCUUUGGGAAUUCCCUAUCUCCUGCUUACAGUCUGGGCUCCUUGCCUGGCUCAUCCCCUGUAGCUAGUCCCAGGACCCAGAGGAAGAUGUCUGCAGGGAGACCCCAUCCUGGGAUGAGGGAAAGGAAAAACAGCAUCACAGAGAUCAGUGACAAUGAGGACGAGCUGCUGGAGUACCACAGACGACAGAGAGAGGAGAGGCUUCGUGAGCAGGAAAUGGAGAGACUGGAGAGACAGCGACUAGAGACCAUCCUAAACCUCUGUGCUGAAUACAACAAAGGAGAGAGUGCUGGCCUGGACUCUGUGGGCUUAGGGAGAAUGGGGCUGGCGGAUGGCUCAGUGCGGAGACCGUCCAUGGAGAACAUCCUAGCAGGGGCACCAUCCUCAGCUGCACUACGCCUGGUGCAGAGACAAAGGGAGAGCGACGAGGAGAAUCAGAAGGAGGAGUGUAGUAGCACAGAGAGCACUCAUCAGGAGGUGAGGACAUCUCCUGGUCCCAGCACAGCAUCAGCACUGCACAAUGGAGACAGACAGCAUGAGGACUCAUCCAGUUCGGGUGGUGCAGGGUGUCUGGAGCUGGGUUACCUGGAGGACGAUCGAGUUCGUGUUCUUGCUCGAAUCGAUGAGCUUAAAACCCGGCUGACCGAGCUGGAGCAACAAUUCCAGGAGUCUAAACAAGAGGCAGAGAUGGAGCGCGCCUUGCUGCAGGGCGAAAGACAGGCGGAGCUCGACCAGAUAGAGGCUGAAACAGACAUCAUCACUCAGCUGCAGCACAAACUGGACGAGCUGGAGCACGCCAUCCAGAGGGAAAAAGAAAAGGAGAGGGCUAAUGUUGAGGCUGAGCGCCGGGCCCUGCAGAGCCUCCAGGAGGGCUACGCUGAGCUGAAGAACCAGCUUCAUAACUGUCCUGAAUCCCUGCGGGAACAGUUGCAGGAACAGCUCAAAAGGGACGGAGAGGCGCUGGAAGCAGGAACCAAAAAGUUUGAGGACCUGGAGUUUCAACAGCUAGAGAGAGAAAGCAGCCUAGAGGAGGAAAGAGAAACCAUCAGCCAGCAGCUGCUCCAGGAGAGAGCAGAGUACCACAGCAUCGUGGCCAAGAGGAAGGAGAAGGUGUCUGCUCUGGAGACCCAGGCCAACCAGCUCGGCCUGCAGGCAGCUCAGGACUGUGAGCGGCUGGCUAAAGACAGAACCCUCACACUACAAAUACUCCACAAGGAGAAGGAGAGACUGUCAGCUCUGGAAAAGAGAUAUAACAGCCUGACUGGAGGAAGGAGCUUCCCCAAGUCCUCCACAGCAAUGAGAGAGGAAAUGCUCCAUAUCAGCGAGGCUGCCCUGUUAAUGGAGGAUGUCCACUCCUCCCAGCAUUCCCUCUGCCGAACCUCUCCUUCCUCCUCACAUACCUCCCCUCCCUGCCAGUUGCACCCCAGCAGCCCUACGGAGGAGUAUCUAACAGUGGGCCAGUUAAAUCAGAUGUAUGGGAUGCCAAAGGUGGAAUCAUCCCCAACCUCCCCGCUUCGCCAGCCCCUGCAGUCGGGAGCAGUAGACACUGCCUUCUCCUGCCUUCCCUCUCCUCAUGGCUCCCCCUUACCUCUCUCUGUGGAGUCUAAGGGCAGUAGGCCUCACCUCCCCAAGUUAGCUUUAGAGCAGUGGUACCAGGAGCUGAUGGUCGGCUCCAGCCAGCUCUGUCCUCCCCCUCUGCCAGCCAAGUCUCUGUCAGGCCACAGGCCUAUGCUGCAGGUUUUCCGCUCCAAGCUGGACAGUGAUCCAGGCCUGUCUCUUCAUCAACCCAAAUCAGGCUCUGCAUCCCCUCUGCAGUACGGAGCAGCAACACUGGGGCGCAACACAAGCUCCAGGAGCCCCCUGCUGGUGGCCAACAGUACUGGCAGUCUGCCCAGGAACUUGGCUGCAACCUUGCAGGACAUCGAGACUAAGAGACAGCUCGCUCUGCAGCAGAAAGGUCAGCAGGUGAUUGAAGAGCAGCGUCGUCGUCUGGCCGAGCUCAAACAGAGAGCUGCAGCAGAGGCUCAGUGUCAGUGGGAGGCACUCCAUGGCUCUCAGCCCCACCUCAUGACUUCCUCCUCCUCAUCAGCCUCCUACUCGCCCGUCAUUGCCUACAGCUCUGCAAUGAGCCACAGCUCUGUAGGCCCCCCACCUCUGGUUCACCACUCCAUCCUGCACCACCAGGCCCCAUCGGCCGGAGAGCAACCCUAUGACACGCUGAGCCUGGAGAGCUCUGACAGCAUGGACACCAGUGUGUCCACUGGGAACAACUCGGCCUGCUCACCAGAUAACAUGUUCAGUAUUGGAGCAAUGGACACACUGAAGAUUGAAGAGAUGGAGAAAAUGCUGAAGGAGGCGCAGCUGGAGAAGGCCAGACUUAUUGAAUCCCGGGAACGAGAGAGCCUGGCUCGCCGACAGAUGCUGGAGGAGGAGAGGAGGAGAAGGGAGGAGGCAGAGAAACGACUGCAGGAUGAAACUUUCCACCGGCUGCAGCUCGUGGAGAAGGAGGUCAAGAUGAGGGCCAAGAACUUCUCUCAGGCUCGUCCUAUGACUCGCUACCUGCCCAUUAGGAAGGAGGAGUUUGACCUGCGCUCUCACAUUGAGUCAUCAGGCCACAAUGUGGAGACCUGCUACCAUGUCAUCCUCACUGAGAAGAUGUGCAAGGGCUACCUGGUCAAGAUGGGAGGCAAGAUAAAGUCCUGGAAAAAACGCUGGUUCCUCUUCGACCGCCUCAAACGCACCUUCUCCUACUACGUUGAUAAACAUGAGACCAAGCUGAAGGGUGUGAUCUACUUCCAGGCAAUAGAAGAGGUCUAUUAUGAUCACCUCCGCAGCGCCACAAAGAGCCCCAACCCUUCCCUGACCUUCUGUGUGAAGACUCAUGAUCGACUGUACUACAUGGUGGCCCCCUCAGCGGAGGCCAUGAGGAUCUGGAUGGAUGUUAUUGUCACAGGAGCAGAGGGAUACACGCAGUUCAUGAACUAAGAGAGAUGCACAGUUGCUGAGAGUGCAGAUGAUGAGCAGAUACGGCAGGGACUCUCCCACCACAGACUCUACAGGCCCUUCCUGUUUCCACUCUACAGUGAACAUUGCCUUGUUUGUUAUUUUUCUCUUUUAAUCUCACAAUUUGAUUUUACUUUGCAGAUGUUUUCACCUUCACAUUUUUAAUGUGAUUCCAUUUGGAUUGAAAAAGGAAGCCCUUAGCAGACACACACACUUAUACACACUUCUGUACAUAAACCAAAAUGUAUACCUGUCAAAGACUUUCAAAAAGCUUUUCUAUAUUGCCAAAUGGAGAUCUUGUAGUUACUGUUGAACCUUUUGUAUUAUUUGUUUCCUUUGUUUACUUAUAGAGAAAAUUACCAAAUGGCAUAACACCAGUGUUUUGUUUCAAUGUUCCAUCAUGACUAUGCUCAGUUCAGACAAAGAGUUUAAAAGAAUCUCCAAUCAAAGGGUGUAAUCAUUUUAGAAAUACUUGAGAGAAUCUUACUCAAAAUGUGGUACAAUCUAUAAGAAAUAAUAGAAAUCAACCAAUCAACGGGGGCUUUGAGAUGAUCUAAGAGUCUAGCACAUUUUUAACAGUUAAACACAGCAAAGCAUGACAUCUUCCAUGUCCACAACAGUUACUUCACCUCAGUGCUGCUCUUAGACGGGAAGAGGCACUAAACAACAUUAUGUAAAUCAAGGUCAGCAAAAUGUAUACAGCACAUUAAGGUAUUCAGCGCUACAACCUAGUCACAUUACUUCUCAAAGGCUUACCAAAGUAAUUUUGGGUACUGUGUUAGCUGCUGACCCACCGCAGCUCAGGAGUUCACUCUGUUUUCUUUAUGGUUUGACCAAUAUGGAAUUUGAAAAGUCGGUACUGAUAUUAGCACUGAAGCUUCUAUUAAACAUUACAUGUAUUUUCUUCAAUAUUUAAUGUAUUUCCAUUAUUAAUAAUGUACUCCACUAAACCUAGAAAAGUGAAAAACCUUCAGGAUCUGGAUACUUUGAAGGAAAAGUUUGAUAUUUUGGGAAAUGCAGUGUUCCUAUUUACCAUCUACAGCCACAAGACAAUUAGCUUAGCAUAAAGUCUAUGAGCAAGCAAAAACACCCUGGCUCUGUCUCAAAGUAAAAAACAAAAACAAAAGACAUUGUGGUUCAAUAUUUUUUGGCUAGGCCACUCUAGUCGACCUGCUCCGUCUUCAUGUUAAGCUAAGCUAUACGAUAUGUAUUAGCUUUAUUCUCUAAGCUCUGGCUGCUUUCCUACCAGAAGUUAAAUAAGACUGAUACCGCUCUUAUCUGUAUGCUAAAUAUGAAACUACAGACAGCAGCUUGUUAGCUUGGCUUAGCACAAAGUCUGGAACCCAGGGGAAACUGCUAGCCUUAAAAAUUAACAUUAUAACUUGCUUAUAUUGGGAGGCAUAUAUUUCAUCUUUUGACAAAGCCAAACUAGGCAUUCCUAUUUUCAGUUUUAUGCUAGGCUAAGCUAAUCAAACUAGCUGCUGCCUCAUAUUUAGUGUAUGGACACCACAGUGUUAUCAGUCCUCUUUCUAUUGAGAAAGUAUAUUUUCCAAAAUGUCACACUAUUUGUUAAAAGUAAAAGUCUGACAUUUUGAGUAAUACAUUUCAUCUAUCACUUCAUGGACAGCUUUGGAGCUGUUUUUUUCCCUUUUUGAUAAAGUGGUUUGUAUCAAGUUUUUUUCAUAACCUAAAUGCUUAUUUCUUCAAAUUUCUACUUUUUAUUAAUUUACUGUGUAAUAAAAAGGUGGCCAUUCCAGCAUAUCAGGUGAGGACUCAUCAGAUGUUGUGUAACACUGAGGUUCACUCCCAAUAUUGGUCUAACCAUAGUCGCCACAUUUUCAGCAUUGAACAGGAAUAUAUCUCAGUUUCUGAAUGAUGCCAUCAUGUUUCCAACUUCAGGUGCCAACUGCAUCAUCAAUCUAUGUGAGCACACAAACAAAAGAAACCUCUCUGUUUGCCAAGUAGCAAACCUGAUGAUGUGACUGCACAGCUGGGAAACAGCCAUCAUCACUGCCAGCCUACAGUAAAUCAACAAAUACUAGAGGGCGCUAUAGAGACCACACUAAAACAGGACCCCACAGGAUGAAUACAUACUAAUGCAAUUCAGAACUGUGCCUUGAUUAUAUGUCAUUACUGAUGUGUCUGCGGCCAGCACGGCUUUGCUGAAAGGCUACAAUCAUACGAAUGCAUUUUUUUGUGUUUGAGCUGUAAAGUUUUAUACUUUAUUAUGUGGUUGUCUGCCUGUCAUUAUUACAGGCAGAGAUACCAGAGGCCCUGAUCACUCUGGGGAUUAACUUCAUUUAUCACAUUCUGUUCAAAAUACCUAAUAUAUCCAGUUAUGUUAAUGUCAUAAUGACAUUAUUAGUCAUGAUGAGUACUAAUCCAUCUCUUAAAACAGUUGAGCGUCUGGAAGCAAUGUUGAUGCAGUCACAGUGAUGUCAUUAGCAUUUUUUUUGCUUAUGUUUGGGAACUACAAAUUUAUAACAGAAAGCCUGCACCAUCUUAAACUACUCUGCUUCAGUUUUGAAUAUUCAUUUCUUGAUUUGCAAAAGUCUGUAUUUGGCAGAUUGCUGGAUUAUAUUGUACAGUAUAUUAUAACAAUUUCAAACUCGGUAUUUAAAACAGCAAACAACAAAAUCUACAUUUGCUGCCAAAUCACUGCAUUCCAUCAUCAAUGACAAAGUCAUACUUAAGAACUGCACUUCCUGCUUUAAUCCCCACUGUGAGCCGAGCUGCAUGAGGAUGGACGAAGAAAUCGCAUAUCUCCAGCUUUAAUGUACUGUAACGGACCAGGGCUCAUCUGGUGUCUUUGUUGUCACGUUGAUCAUCGACAGAUUGUGAAUCUAUUGAUUGGCCAUGAACUAUUUGCGAUUAUCAGAUCCCGGAGGCUGUUUCAUGUGUUGGUACAGUAAUGUUAAUUUAAGGAUGGUAUGCCUGAGAUAGUAACAUAUUUACUUCUAAAACAGUGAAGUAGAAAACUAGUGAAAAGACCUUAAUAUAUUGUCCCCUUUGCCUUUUAACAUGUGCAAACCAAACUAUUCAACACUGGUAAGGCUGUUAAGUCAUGUCUGUUGAUUGUGUUGUUCCCUAUGUUGUAAAGAGGAUGCCUGAAUGAAAAAAUUAUCUUACUAUUGAAAUGAAACAGUACUGUUUAAAAAGAAGUACAAUUUUUAACUUUUGUCAUUUUGAAAUUUUAUUGUCAGUUGCAUUUCAAAUUGUAUGGUAGUGAUGCAACAAACAACUUUCUUUUUUUUUUUUUUUU